AGGGGGGGGGCAUUGUCAUUGUUCUAGACGGUCCUUAUUACAGUAUUUUAGACAAUAAACGAAUGUUUAAACCAAAAUCUUGUAUAUUCAGCAAAUAGUCAAGAUCUGCUUGAACACGACCAGUGAUCUAAUAAAAAAAGUGGGUUUGCUUAUAAUAUAUUGUUUAACCCAAUAUUACCCAAUAUUAUUGUGCAAUAUUACUGAAUAUACACUAAUAUUGGUCCCAAUAUUCUGGAUAUAUAAUAAUAUUAGGACCCAAUAUUACAGGAUGCCUAAUAAUAUUGUACAAUAUCUUCAGUAAUAAUUGGUAUUGGUGCAUGCCUAUGUAUAAGUAACACCGAAAACAUGAAUGAUUUUACGGUUAUUUUUUUCCAGACUCUGUUAGUACUUGAUCUCCCGAAAGUGUUCAACAAUGUUUUAGAGAGUAUACAUGCACGUCAGGGUCCAUCUUUGGACACCCGAAAAUAUGAAAUUUCUCUUCAUUCUUCAACACUGUUUAACUGCUGCUUUGGAUAAUAUAGAUUAAAAAUUCAAAAAUUCUCAACGAAUUUCGAAUGAAUACUAUUUAAAAAGCGUCGUCUUUCUUACUAUUAAGAUUGUAACAGACUCUUAUCCAAUCUUGGAAAAAUCUAAGUCAGAUCUUAGAAAACUUUUAUUAAGAUCUUAGUAAGAUUUCGCUUACAUUCUUUUUAGGAUCGUACGAGGGAAGGCUCCCAACUGUCCAAUCUUUCAGCAAAGUAUUCUUUAUACCAUUUAACGGGAUGUUACAAUUUUAUACCUUUAUUAGUUUCAGUAAUUGCAAUUAUGUCUAACUUGUUUUUACACUCUGUUCUGGAAUAAAAUGAUAAAAAUUAUACUUGAUUCAAAAACUAAAAGUAUCGAAGAAGGAUGACAAAUAAUAUUCGGCAUACUCAAGUGUGGUUGGCAUCAAGGAACUACGUUGAUGUAUGACAAAAAGAAAUAUAUUUAUUACAAACCGUUUUACCAUUUUUACCAGAAAACAGAGAUUGAAACGGCGUUCAUCUGAUGGGAUUCAGAUGAAAUAAAAAGUUAUAUCAGAUGCUUCAGAAUACAUCGGUCAUUUAGUAUUUUGUUCAUAUCUCUGUUGGAUUUUAUCUUCUAAGCUUUAUUGGUUUUUUAGAUUAGAUUCACGUUGGAUGAAAAAAUUUUUCGAUUUCGGAUUUCAGUCGAGACUGUGACAAAAGGUUGCAUGCUACUUUGAAUCGGAGAUGUAGAACGAUAUUUGUGUCGACUUUGUCUGGGAGCAAGAAAUACAUAAGAUUAAGUUACAAGCUUUUCCGCAUAGACUGUUAAACAAAAUUUUACAAAUGUGAAAAAAUGUCACAACAAAAGUCAUGAAAAACUUUCGAACGUAGAUUCGGAAAUCGCGAUUCUCGCGAAAGGGCUUUAAAGUGAAGGAAAGUGUCCAACAUUUCCUCGAGAAACUUUUAGUCUUUCUCUCCGAUGAAGCAAACAAAAAUAGGUAAAAUGAAAAGAAGAAUAUUUGAGCCAUGUAAGCCGCGCGCAGUUUGAAUAGAAAAAAGAAGAGAGAAACGGACAAAAAAAGAAUUUGUUUUUAAUGUAUCAAACAUCAUUCGCCAAGAAAAGAAACAAAACAAAUAUUACCUUUGUAGAUAAUACCUGAUAGGCAGAUACCAGUUUUGUGUUGGAAAAAACUGGAAUAAAACAAAAGAAAUAAAAACGGGGAUAAACCCAAUGAAAUGAUCAUUUCUUUUUUCCAAUAAAGCUGAAAAUAAUGGAGCUGUGUUAACGAAAUGACUGUGACUAAAGAAAACUUAAGUACAAUGUAUUUCAUGCCUAUGUAUCGUCCAUCCUAUCCUGUUAUCUCAUAAAACAAAAAGGAAUGAAAAUAAAUCAAAAGGUGGAAGCCUUUGCACACAGACUAUCGACGUGCUCUAUUGAAUGAUAUGUGGUAAGAACUGUAGCUUGUUUCGUUUUGGUGAGAAAAAAAAAGAAAGGAUUACUCUUCUACGUCGAACGAAAUGAACUUAAUUAACCUGAUUAUUUUCAGCUUGUCCAAAAACGUUAUUAUUUAACAGAAAAAAAAUCUUUUUGAAUAUGAAAUGUUGUUAUAUGAUAUUAUAUAUACUUUUGUUUAUUAUAGAUUAUAUUCGUUUACACAGUUACAUUACUCACCUGUUGAUACGCACACAAAAACAAAGAGACAUUUCUUACAUUUAGAAUAUAUAAGAAGCAACUUGCCAUAUUCGAUAAAAUAUUCUGUUCAAUUGAUUCGUGGUAACAAGGAUUAUAAUACAGUAAUCGAUCGCCCACCGUUCCAGUGUGGAGAAAUCGAACUUGUAUUGAAUCAUUCCUAUCAAUACGGAUUCGGUUAAUGUUGUGUGCAGAAAAUUUAUUCUGUGAUUGACUUGAUAUUUUGUUGUGAAUCAAACAUUGGUAUCGUAAACAUGAAUUAGAAUAAAAAAUAUUAUUAAAUUUACAUAAAAAAUCAUGGAUCGAUGGUUUAACGUUACAAGAUUUUAAUGAUCAUAGUGCACAAAAUACAAAUGUUAGAUUUAACAAAAAAUUAUAUUAAAUCAAUGCAAGGAGAAGAGAAGAUGGCGCAGGAAAAAUUCGCCAUUCGAAAUACGGUUAAACUCUUUUGGAUUUUGUAAAGUAGAUGCUGAACCAUUUUAGAUUUCGUACUGUUGCUUCCAAACCCUUUCGGUUUUUCAAAAUACGCUUUGUUUUAGAGUGUACCAUGUGAAAAUGUAACUAACAACCUUGACGAACUCCAUUCACAAUAAUCGUUGCAAAAUGUGCAAGUUGUAUGAACAAAUGCAUUCUGCUUCUCAUAAUAAUUAUAUUUUACCAUUCUCGUUUAAUGAAGCCUUGCUUGUUUAUCUUCUAACUAGCAGUGAACUCGCUGUGAAAAUCUUACAAUCGAGUAAUCCAAGUGGUAGUUAUCAAACUAUUAAUAGAUGGUAUAAAAGAACAGGUAAUCCACAACUUAAAGUACCAGCAGGAGACAUUGAGAGUACUUUUGACAAUAAGCAAAUUCUCGGUAAGACGUAUAAUAUUAUGUUUUUAAAACAAAAACUAUAAAUGAGCUGACGUUUGUUUACAGCACUGCGUACAGUUACUUUACCUUGUUAAUCAAUGUUCCUCGUCAAUGAUAUUAUUGGUUGAAAAGUUAAGUUAAACUUAAGGUGCUUAAUUUUGACGACUUAAGUCGGAAAAAGUUAAGCCACCAAUGACAACUGAAGAUGAAAAACUAAUAAAAAAGCGAUACUGAACCUUCACUGGAUGAGAGAAGAAUAAUUGUUAUAGUUUGUGACUCAAUGUAUCUAACGUUGCUAAAAAUCGUUGUCGACUUCUAUUUCUGCAGGCCAGUGCAUAUUUUAGUUGCAAUGAAAAAAAGAUUACUCUUGCUAUAGAAACAGAUACUCUGAUGGUAGCUGUGCGCGCGCCAUUGUUUCUUUUUUUGUGUGUGGGUGAUUGCAACACAGUAGUAAGGUGAAAAAAAGCCAAUUAACAUAGCUCAUGCGAGUGCAGUGCUGUGCCAGGUUUUUUUGGAGAUACUUCAGUCUCUUAAUACAUCGCGUAUUAAAAGUCAGCUAGGAAGCAAAUUAGCACCAUUAGUAUCUUAAAGAGGACAAUAAAACUCUACGUGACAACCGAAUGACGAUGUUUAAAUCACUCGUCUACCCAUCCAUAUCCGUAUAAAUUCUGCAUCUUACUAUUUAUUUUGAUUUAGAAGAUCGAGCGAUGUUACCAAACCAAACUGCGCCAAUAAAGAGUAAUUUGAAGUUGUUUACGACUGUUUGCUCGAAAAAGAAAGUGUUUUGCUUUAUGAUUUCAAUAUUAUUUUUUUUAGCAUAAUUGUCAGAUAACACCCACAAAAAUUCUUAUCUAUCGUCCGGUGAAUACGGUAUCGCAAUGUGUUUUUUCGGCUCCUCAAAUGCCUACAGAAAGACAGAUACGUUUGGCUUUUGCAUCUCCUCAAACAAUACAUCCACCGGCGAUACAUGCUUCAGUUGGUUCUAUGUCAUUGGAAAAUGAUGAAAAUGUCUUGCCUUCUCGCCCGUUUUGUCAACCAUCAACAUCAUCAAAGAGAUCAGGAUUUUCAGGCUCAACAUCAGUAACGACGAAAAGACCAAAAACAGACGCUUUACCACUGGAAGAAUAUGCUAACGACACGUCAGGUGAACGUCCAUUCAACAACGACUCAUUGAUGAGUGACGGCAUGACAUUAACAUUGGCUAAAGAUUGUGGUACAGAAAAUGAUGUUGUCAAUGCAUCGUUGAAAUGCACGUACGUCAAUAUUGGAGCACCGGGUCGCUGCAAUGAUGCGUAUGUGUAUAAUCAAUCAACGUUAGCCGCUUACAUUCAACAACCGUUAUUUACGCGAUCAAUCAAAACAAUUGAAAACACAAAUGUACCGGCACAUUUACUUGGAGACAGCGCAUUCCCAUUGUCGGCGAAUUUAAUGAAACCGUACACAAUCCAGCCAAAUAUGCCUCAGUAUCAGACACGAUUAACUAUCGUUUAUCCCGUACGCGAAAUGUAG